ACAAUAGUCGCAGAGCAUGAAAUCAGAAACAUUUCGUGUGCCGCCCAAGACCCAGAUGACCUGUGCACAUUUGCUUACAUUACCAAGGAUUCAAAGAGUGGCCACCACUUCUGUCACGUCUUCAGCACUGUGGAAGUGAUCGACCCCCUGGAGAUGGACGCAGACAUGCAGUCCCUGGGCAGCACCACCUGGCUCUGUGACCAGCGGGACCCCAGCAGGCGUCCCGUCAGCACCAAGUACGAGACCACCAUAUUCUGAGGCCGGAUCCCCUAAACAGACGCCCCCCCCAAAACCCUGCAACCACCCUCCCACCCUCGUACUUUUCCUCUGCCCUCUUUGCAUCCGGUUCUCUGUGCAUCUCUUUCUCUCACUGAGACACACACACACACACACACACACGCACACACAUCUACACAUGCGAGCCCCGUGCCUUCUCACUGUGAUGGUAUAGCAUCCCUCAGGGCUGCCUACUCCUGCACCUUCCUUUGCCCCGCCCAGCGACCCACACCGACCUCCUACAUGUCAUGGCGAACACUCCUGCGGCCCUCCUGAGCUUCCCCGGCAGCCUUCCUCGCCCGUUGCUGCUGCAGCCGAUGGGCGGAGCCCUGGAACGGAUGAUCCUGGACCGAUCUCAUUUUACAGUGGCCCUGCUCUCUCAACCAAACUGCCUCUUCCUCCUCAUCCUCCUCUUCCUGACAACUUGCAUCUGCCUCCAAAUCCCCGAUAGCUCCCAGAGGUUGCGUCUUUAUUAUUAUUCUUUCUCUUUUAAUACUCUUUAUUUAUUCACAAAACAAAUAUGGCAAUUAUUAUUWUUUUUGGUUCUGUAUUGAUCAAGUUAAAGAGAUAGUUGUUUUUGAACAUAAGAUUUAUCAGUAGUUAUCACUGGAUCAGCUGUGAUAUCAGGUUUAUGUCGCGUUCUUUCACACCUGAGCCUGAAAAACAGCUGAUAACUGUUGAUAACUAUUUGASAAAACAUCACUUUUAAAAUGACGACAAACUAAACUGUCUCUUUUUCUGUGAGUUUAGAUUUUAAAGGAACGUUUUGGGAACRAUACUUGUURACUUUCUUGCAGAGAAUAAGAGUARUGAUGAGCGCUUUUAAASUUUUAAGACCAAUGACAUUAUCUCAGAAACUCAACUACCACCMUAAGUUAAAAUGAAAACACAAAUUAUUGCUUGCUAAUUUGGUUUUGUAAUGUUUAUCUACCGAAAAAUACUUAUUUUUUUUGGUUAGAAUGUCACAGUUUUUUUUCAUGUUUUAAAUCAUUAUAAAAUCUAUUGAUAUUAUUGACCA